GACUAUUGUGUGAUGCACGAAAUUACGGUGGAGUCAAGCAGUGACAUUACACGCCCUGAUAUAACCAUACAUAUUUUGCGAGUCAACAAGUCGUAAUCGGUCUAAACUCACUAUCUCGUUUCUCAAUUUCUUGAAGGACCAUUGUCAGUAAAAGCUGCUAAAUCGUGAUGUCAACGGUACACAUUAUAUCCACCAUGCUGUGGAUAUUUAUUAUUGCAUUAGAUUUCAUAUGCUCGGUAAAUGGUGAGCUUUGUUCAUCUGGAAUAGAAUGUGACUAUCAUGAGUAUUGUUGUGAGAAUGGUUGCUGUUCUAGUGAAGGAAAUUACAAUUAUACAUACGGCUAUGGAUUCUACAACCUAUGGUAUUUCUGGUUUGUUAUUAUCAUGAUCAUGAUGACCUGCUGCGGCGCUUGUAGCUACGUCAAAAAGAGGCAAUAUUACUUGAGGCAACAGCAGAGUCUGGGCCAAACUUCUCAGCUUGCGGGAACUAAUAUAGUCCAGCAUCCCCCUACCACCUACGGUGUUCAUCCAAGCAACCUAGCAGCGCCACCACCUGUCGGCAUCUUCCCCGGACCUCCAGCAUAUAAUGAGGUAACGGAAAAACCAGAUCAGUUCCCCAAGGCGGAGUUUGGCUACCCCAACUAUGGAUUCACGGCUCCGCCCUACACUCCACACAACCCUAACGUGCCAUCAGCAGCAGCAGCAACGGCGCCAACACCAGAGGGCACCAUACCCGUCAGCACCACUACCACCGAUGGUACCAUUCCAGCGCAGUAUCCCCCUUCGGCCGCUAUGGCAUACCCACCUACCGCCGCGGGUGUACCACCAGCCACGCCCGAUUCAGUGCCUACAUUAGCCCCGCCCCCUUAUACCCCAUCCAUAACCAGCCCACCUAUUGUCGAACCCUCAGAGCAGUCGAAUCCCGUAGUGUGAAAGAAGCAGGAACUCUUUGAUACAUAAAACCUUGGAUUGCAGUAAAACUACGUAGUAUUACCUUUCAUAUAUACACCCAAAAGUAGGUUGGUCUUAAAUAACAUAGAACUAGUGAGAGAAACGGCAUCCUGGAUCUAUUUUUUCACUAUUUUCAUCAAUCUUUCUAAUCUAACUAUAUUCCAAACCUGUAUCCUAUACAUAUAAAUUAUUACUCACCUUUUCUACUGUCACCAAGAAAAAGGGAAAAUUCCAGAAUAUUCUAGUUUUAUAGGAAACAUGAAUAAGAAUAUAAAGAAUAUAGCACUUGAAGUAUAUUUUGUCCAUGUGAUGAAAUGAUCAUAAAUUAGCUUUUAUUAAGAUCAUACAUGUAGUUUUACAUGAAUGUUCGAUAACUACAGUGUAUACUAAAAAUAACAUUUCUUUAUUCCAGAAGACUUUCAAGAUCAUUGAUGUAAACCUGUAGUGGUUGUAAGUUUGUUUAUAACUUCAUUAUUACUGGAGUUUUUGUUUUUUUGUUUUUACCGCCGAUGUGUUGCAUUGGACACAAGAACACCAACAUGAUAAUGUAGUUUCUGUCCCGGUAAUGAGCAAGCCUUCCACAUUAAUGAAUUUCAUGCAUAUUUUAUGAGUUUGAGAUUGAGGUAAUGUAUAUCGUCUAGGCCUUCAUCUUUGUGGAUGCAUGAACGGGUCCCCAUCAAAGUGCAUAUACAUGUAUGGUACCCUACUUAUCUUAUUUUUUUCAAACACAUUGGAUGAUUUCAAGUUCAGCGUUGACCUUUUGGUGUUGGUGUUGGAUCAAUUUUUACACAAGUACAACAAACAAAAUGAAGAUGGUCCUGAAAAGUCACUCACUAGGUGUAGAGCUGUCUUGAUUAGAUGCUCAAGGCGCUUCAGAGCAGAACAACAACAACAGCAACAAAUUACAUAUAAUACAUGUUUGAACAAUAAGUCGAUGUCUGUCAAAAAGCACUCAUAUACAGGAUCUGGGUUAUUUGAUCUGGAUUAUUUGUGUAAACUCAUAGGUGUUAGAGCUAGGAAACCCAAUCCAAAUAGUGCUACCAACACCAACAUCAACACUGGACUUGAAAUCACCCAUUGACUUUACUACAUGUGUAGCUGAGCUCUGGCAUCGAUGAUGUGUAUAUACAUGUACUCAGAAGCAAUAGGGAAUUUUUGCAAUCACUUCGCACAUGCUUUCUAUAACGCAGAGAAUCUUUUGUCAAAAGCCCUUCAAUGACAAAACAGCUUUGUCGAAAAUCGGUGAAUAAACUGCAUUGUCGUCCAGGGGCCCGAAACACAAAGCUUAGUGAUGAAUUUCAAAUAUGGAAGAACACAUCUGAUUGGUUCCUGGUCAGUACGUUGAACUGAAUGCGUGUGAAACAUUGAUCGUGAUUGGUCGGUAGAUGUAGCGAUUGAUGGCUAAUCUCUGUGUUACAAUGCCCUGGACUCUGGACAAACGAUAUACUUGCAAUUUUUUGUCCGGUCCAAUUCUUAGCACGAUCGAUUCGGAUGAUCUGCUGUCCCGGUCCACCAACUUUCGACAUAAACCUCUCGGUUAUCCAUUGUGAUUUGACUUGCAUUUUCAAAGGAAUUGGUGCGUUGUAGAAAGCGUCUGUGUAGUGAUUGUGAAAAUUCCAUAUGAUCAGAAGCAUAUGCCUAGAUUCUGGUUGAGAAUCUUGGGUUUCCAUAAAUUACAUUUUUGGAUAUUAAAGGGACUAAUUUUGCUUGGCAAAUUUGAUUAGCAACUAAAUUAUGAACAUGCAGUGCUAUGUGAAAAUCUCCUUUACAAAAGACUGUUCGUAUCGCAGUCUUUAAAAAUGUGGAGCAAAUUGUUAUGCGAUACCAGAAAAAAAAUUAUCCCCUGCAUUUGUAAUGUAUUUUGAUUGCGACUUGUUUCAAAUUUGUUUUCAAUGUUUUUGAUGCAAAAGAGUGUGAUUCUUGUGCAAACAUGCAGAUAUGCAAAGAAUGUAACUAAUUGGUUUGAUUUGAUCAAUGACUGUGAUAACACGAGAUUGCUUUAGAAGAUGUGGCUGUACGUGGAGCUCACAUCCCUCGUCUUUUUUAAUUCAUUUAUUCUCAUGAAUUUAUGCUGUUUGUUAGAUUAGCGGUUUCACAUUGCAGUCAUUUUCACCAGGGUAUAUGAGCAUAUUCAUCAAAGACGUCAUUGUCGUUGUCACCACCAUCAUUAUCAUCGGCAUCAUCAUCACUGUCAUCGUCAUAUCGUCAUCACCAUCACCAUCAUCACCACCACCACCAUCAUCAUCAUCAUCACCAUCAUCAUCAUCACCAUCAUCAUCAUCAUCAUCAUCAUGUAUGUAUUUUUUACAUAUCCAGAACAAACUGCACAUUUGAUGUACAUGUACUUCAACAACAUUCACUCUGAAAAAGAAAAAAAUUCACAUUCAUGAAACUGACAAACAAGGUAUGUGUUUAUUGAUAUUACAAAUCUAAUUCAUAUAUUAGUCAUUGAGGUUAUAUUUGUGCUAUUGUGUUGAUAACUGCACUCUGAAUGAUUCCUUGGAUAUUCUCAAAUUAUUUUGAUCUAGCACACCUGGCAGCCUGCUGUGUGAACCCUUCACUCAAGUUAAGUGGUCUGAAUGCGCAGACUACAAUGACUGUGUGCUGAAGGACCACUCAUGUGCUAGUCUUGUGUGAAGACCCACUUGUUGAUCAAAAAUUCAACGAGGGUCUGUGCUUGUAGACUAAACACCUCGGUCCCAUCUUAAAAAAUAGUCGCGAUUGAUCCCGAUCAGUCACAACUAUGGAAAGCCAGCAAAGCCAACAUCUAGAAUGCAUAUAUCCAUUCAAAGUGUUUUCUCACCACGAUUAAUACUUGUGUGCUCUUAUUUCUUAUUUUUUCCAAAGAAAUAAUGUGUCUAUUUCAUGCAUAUAGAGUUAUGACAUGGGUGGAUUUCCAUUAUUGCAAGGGAUUGAAUCAAUCGCAACUAUUUGUAAGACUGGGCCCUUGUGGGGGUUUCAUAAAGCUAUUUGUAAGUUAUUCGUAAAUGAUACACACCAAUUUUCCAUUGGUGUUGAUUUUGUUCUGAAGAAAGGAUCACCAUUCUUUUGUAAAGUCGCUUGUAUGUUACAAAAAGCUUUAUGAAACACCCACCAUGUAUAUAUCGUGCUAAAAUCAUGCACAGGAAAUUUUCUUGCAUACUAGACAAAUUUUCAUGAUUUUUCUACGCUGGAAAAGAUUUAAUUAAUACGGGUAUUAUGGCAAUAUUGUUUUAAAGGUUGGGAUAAAUCAAUGAAAAUUAAAGGGAAAUUAGUAUAUUGAAUUAAAUUCUUAAUGUUAUAUAUAGAGUAGGAAAUGUGUUUCAUUUCAAUGCAAUAAUACUAAUGAAAUUAAUGAUUCUUGAGCUUUUAAUUCUAAUAGAAUAGGAGCAAUGGAUUUGUAGAUAUCAAAUAUUUUUAAAUGACAGAUUAUCAUAUGGGGAAUCGUACACUUUGCAUUUAAUGAAAGCACAAUGAAUUGAUUAAGGGUGCAGUGAAAAACUUAAGUAAAAUCUUCUCGAUUUUGUGAGACGACAUUGCUGUAAUUAAUCACUGUAGUUCAUAUACCUUAUUUUACAUCAGUUUACGUACAUAUUAAAUAUAUCUUUGAUAACAGAUCAUCACAUGGACGAAAUUGAGUAAAUAUUUCUAAACAAGAAUGUGUGAUAAAAUCACAAGAUUUUAUAAAAGAAUAUAUAUGGUUCUGUGAUGUACCUUUGACUUUGACGAUUAUAUUAUGUAUAGUUAUUCUCUAGAAUUCCAUAUGCACUUGUAUUCAUCAAUUAUUGUUUAUUUGUUUGUUCAUGGAUAAUAUAUAAUUUCACAGGAUGAUUUUAAUGUGUAUAUUUUGGGUGAUUAUUGUAAUUAUAUGUUCAUAUUUUGUUUGUGUUUGGUGUCAUGGAUGGAACAGUAGUUGUUUUGUCUGUUUUCUUGUCAUGUUUAGUUAGUGAAACAUAUCAUUUACAGCAUUUUUAAGACUUAAUUUGUAUUAAAUUUGAAAAAAGAUGUAUGAAAUUACAAUGUUUCCUUGAUGUAAUACAUAGUUUGAUUUUCAAGCUUUGUAUUAUUUAUUUAUUUUUGUUGAACUAGUUUAUUCUGUGAACUUCCUUCAGCAGUCCCUAUCAUAAAUAUAUAAGUUGUUACAAAAUCGUUUCUUUUGCUCAUUUGUAAAGAAAUAUCCCCUAGAAAAUCAAGAAAAUAUGGAGUAGAUUACAGAUUUUGGAAUAUUACCACAAGAUUAGGAGAUUUGCAAUUCAUGUACAAGUGUGCAUGUGUGAUGUAAUGGCAAAUGCAGAAUACUAGUACAAAUUCAAGGUUUGCUUAAUGUUAUCUCUAAUGAAAGUGAAAGUAGUUUUGAUCUUAUGUCACAUUGCGAAGGCUUCCAUCUUGUGUUUUUUUAGGAGAACAGACUUUCAUCAAUUGGUUUUGGUCAAAGGAACAAACUUAAAUUAAGAACAACAAACGUAUGGAAGCAUUGUGGUCUUGUUAUUCAGACUCUUGCCCUUGGUUCAGAGGUCUGUUGGUUCAAAUCCCAGGCGCAACAUUAAAUUUCUUGACAGAGGGAUUUAUCCACACCGUGCCGCACUCAACCCAGGUGAGGUAAAUGAGAACCUGGCAGGAAUUUUGUUGGUUGAAAUACUUCCCUGUAAAAGGCUGCAGGGCUAAAGCUGGAUGAAUAAUAUCAAAGUCUUUUGAAAGUGCAUAGUGACAUGUUAUAAUGUGAGAUCUACUACACACAAGAACUGUUUAUUAUUAUUGAAGAAAUACAUAGUUGUUUUCUUGACUUCUCAUCUUACUCGCUUCCUUUUGACACAUAGAUUUCAAUUCUUCUUGCCUGUCUCUGAAUGGCUUUCUGUAGUAGGCAUCGAAAGUUUUUUUUUUCUUUUAAUGGUGCAAAUUUCCAGAAAUUGUUUCCUCACCGGAAAGCUAACUGAACGUCUACGUUUCCUCCUUUUCUAGUACAACCAUAACAACACAUCAAGCAGUUCCUGUUUAGACUUUGACCACUUAAAAAAACCCAAACAUUUAGUUGAAUAAUAUUCCAAAAAGCCCCAAUGCCAUGCAAAUUAUUUCUUUUUUUGUAGUGUUAGCCUGUUUUUAAAUAUGGAUUAACAUAAUUUGUAUUUACACUUUACACCCAUGAUACUCCUGUUGGUUUAUACAUUUAAUUUUGGAUAACUAAUUAAAAUGAUGGAAAUUAUAAACAUGAAAAUUAUAAACAAGAAGAUUAAAUAUUGUAUUCAUGUUACACGGUAAUCAUGUAUGCAUUUUUAUUAUCACCUAUAGUACUGUUAUGUUGUCAAGCCAAAAUAAAAGGUGGAGUGAUUUUUUUUGUACAAAAUCAAA